UGUCAUGCUGUGCCAGGACCAACGUCCCAACGUCCCCCAGGAUUGCUUCGUACUUGCGAUAUCAGCAUCCUCCUCCAAUGUCCACUGACGACCUUAUAUAAGUCCAUAGAGCUUGAGUCUAAAGCAGCAUCAUGUCUGAGAACACUGAAUCUCGACAAUGUGUUUACACUGAAUCAAAUCACACGGUGGUAUAAACAGCCGCCGGCCAACCGACGGCGCCCUAUCUCAGCUACUACUGCUUACCCUCACUCCGCAACCCCUCCGCCAAAUGCGACCAGCCUUUCCCAUACGCAGACGCACAUGGAAGACGCCGGCGCAGGCGCAGGCGCAGAUGUGGGGGGUGAUCCCUCCCCCCGUCCGAAGGGUGUGCAUAGUAAACUUGUCAAAAGACUGCCAACUUGCGCCCUUCUGAUGACACGACCCAUUGUAAUCCGGGUCUGGCGAGCCAACCAUAGGUGA